UUUUUUUCAUAUUAGAGGAAUUAAUAAACACAACAUUUAACAUUUGCAUACUCUAAGCGGUAGAAUAAAAAUAAUAUCUUGUCUUAACAGAGGUGUACGUAUAACAAAAUGAAGUAUAGAAAAAAAUGAUUACAAAAGUCAUCGUCAUCGCGUUACGUUAAUCAAACCGAUUUCUAUUCAAAAUAAGAAGUCUGUUCGAAGAAUUUUUUUCUCCGUUGAAUACCUCAAACUGUUGGCUACAAAACGUCCAUAGAACGUUUCUUUGAAUAUAGCAUACAUUUGCAGAGAAAUAAAGAACAAUUAGGUGGCCCUCAACUUUUUGUCCUUUUUUCAUCAUCGCAUUACGCCAUGUAUUUUUCCUAUAAUUUUCAAACGACUCGCUCAAACGAGCUCAUAUUUUCAGGAAUUUUGCAGAGGACAGAGAUACAUCUUACAACGAAAGAACAAACCUUCUGGGCAAUCUGAUUGCUGAGAAAAGUUAAUAAAAUUGUAGCCAAAACGCCAUCGUGUUACGCUCGCACAAGCUGAUAUAUAUUUCAUCUAAUGAUUGUUUGUGAGAUACGAAGACAAUAUUUAAAGAAGAAAUUGAUCUUAUUUUUUAAAAUACUUUAGAGAACAACAAAAUAUUGUUUCAUUAAUUAUCACUGAUAUUGAUCAAAUCAAACAACCAAUAAAAUACAUAGCUGGUUUAGAUAUAAGUUUUGUUAAAACCAAUGAUAAGGCAGUCGCAUCGAUGGUUAUUUUUGAAUAUGAAACAUUAAAUAUCGUAGCUAAAAUAAGUGUUAAUUGUAAUAUGAAAAUUCCAUAUAUAGCUAGUUAUUUAGCAUUUCGUGAAGCUCCAGUUUUUAUGAAAUUAAUUGAUAUUCAAAAAGAACAUUGUCCUCAUUUAACACCACAAGUUAUUUUAAUAGAUGGAAAUGGUGUUUGGCAUCCACGUCGUGCUGGUAUUGCUUCACAUUUUGGUGUUUUAAGUGGAAUUCCAUGUUUCGGUGUAUCGAAAAAUGUUCUUUAUGCCGAUGGUAUUACACGAGAGAAAAUUGAAGAUUUAUUAACUGAAAAAGCACCCGAAGAAAAUCAAUAUAUUGAAGUUAUAGGUGAUAGUGGAAAUGUUCUUGGCUUAGCUUAUAAUGUAACUGGCUCUGUAAAAAAUGCUGUUUAUAUCAGUGUUGGACAUAAAAUAACAUUAACAACAGCUUGUGAUUUAUUCAAAUCAGUAACUAAAUAUCGUAAUUGUGAACCAAUACGACAAGCUGAUUUACUUAGCCGAGAAAUGGUUGGAAAAUUUUCAUAA